CAUAUCAAAUUAGCAAGGCAUUUCGCUGACAAAGUAAGGAGUAAUGAUGCUUUUGAAAUAAUUGGUGAUCCAGUAUUGGGACUCGUUUGUUUCAGGUUAAAGGGAUCUAAUACACUGAAUCAGUGCUUUUUCCAUGCCAUCAAUGAAAAGCAUGAAAUUCAUGUUAUUCCUUCAAUGGCAAGAGAUAUUUAUUUUGUUCGAUUCGCUGUUUGUCGUGAAAACGCCUGCGUUGAAGAUAUUGACUAUGCAUGGUCUGUGAUUGAAACAGCGUCCAAAAAUAUAUUGGCAACACAAAAUUCCCGUCACCCUUCCACAACGCGGACAGGGACAGAGGAAAAUUUAUAUGUACAAAAAACGCUUAGUCAUUUGGGAUUUGUUUCAAAGACUACUACACCACAACAAUUGAUGUCAAAUACUUCAGUCUGCAGUCUAAAACCAGGAUGUGACUUGGUUAAAAAGGCGGUAUGCUUUGGUGAGAAAUUAAUUGGUGCUCAAGAUAAGUUCACGGGAACGAUAUGCAACAUUACACCAGCUAGUCUGCGUACACAAACAUUGUUCAAAAUGCUGUCAGAGCCAACGUAUCAUGAUACCAAUUAUAAUAAAUUACAUGGUGAAUUCCUAAGCCGAAAAUUCUCCAGUGCCUUGCAAGACUCAUACUGCUGCAAUAAUUCGGUUAACAAUGAGGAUAAUAGGAAUAAAACUGCCUGA